UUACGGAUUAUGCAGAGAUGAGUAAUAAAACUGUUUAACUUAUAACUAGAUACAGUAGUAUAGAUUAUCAAUUAAGAUGUCGAAGUUAAAAAGGGAAGCAAUGGGACAAUACAACUACGUUGCCCCCACCCCGAUGCCGGACAAAAACAAAAGAUCAAAACCGAAGCAUUCUUACCCGGAUUUUUACCCACAUAGUGACGUCACCGUUCAGCUGGUCGACGAAAACAACAAAGAUCUGAAACUGUUUAACAUAAAGCCGCCAAAGAUGUUUGAGACAAGUUACCAUCAAGAUUAUCGCCACCCACCGGAAGAAAACUUACGUGGAAGAAAGAAUCAAGACGAGUCGCUGGAUACAAAAGAAAACUACACAGCAUACGUACAAAAAGCGGCAAAGAAUAAGUCGCCUGAAGAGAAGCAUACGAAGCCCAAGGUGUCAACAGAAGAGUUAACCAAGCCAGAGCGAAGUUUUAUUAAAAGCGCUGGCGACCUUAAAAUUUCUACAGCUGCUGAAAAUGUUAGACAAAAACCGCUAGCUGUCGCAAGAGCACAAACUGCUGAAGCGAAACGACGCCCUGUGAAAGAAGACAGAGUGAAUGAAGAGUUUUACCGAUCAGUGCUGAACGCCAGAAGCGGUCCAGAGUGGAAGCGGCCUCCAGAUAUAAGCUACGAUAUCUUAAACCCAGAAAAACCGCCACAAGAGCGCGCCACCAAGCCCUACGGCGCCAAGAUGGAAAAUUCUCAGGAGAAAAUAUCAAACAUUGUGGGAGAGAAACGAAGAGUAAGACCAGCUUCAGUAAAUACACUAGCGAGCGGAAGGCAAUCAAAAGCAGGUUCUGUUAAAUCGUCUUCAUCUGCAACGGAAAAUAUCCCUCAACCAUCUGUGACAAGAAUAGGUCUCGAAUACCAAAACGGUUCUAAAGCGGGCAGUAGAGCUUCAACAGCAAGCGGGCGUAGUAGUAACAACUCCAGAUAUAUUGUCACACGAGUUGAUGCAAAACGACCAAUGACGUCAGGCAGCAGCAUUUCUUCAGUAAACGGGGACUACUUACUCGAAACGGGAAGACACUUGAAUGAAAUAUUAGAAACUAUACAAGAGGACGAAAUACAAGAGCAACUGCAAGACAUUCCGAUUCCAAACAGCCCGAAGCAAGUUAUGCAACCAAUAAGUGAUAGAAAAAGAACUCGCAAACGAUUGAAGAAGCCUGUACCUCCGACCGACCUGUUCGAAAAACGCGGACCCGACCCAAGGUUUUAUCCGUCCAAGAAGAAGUUGAGGACACCAAACGAGAUGGAGAGAUUCAAGAAAGCAAGGGGAAGGGCCUUCAUGCGCAAUGUCGAGCAAGCGAUACCGGAGCUUGAUCUCCGCGACCAUGAAAUGAAAUAUCAGCCAGAAAGACAACUUUUGCAAGAUGCUCGAUGGAAAAUUCGUCAGGACGUAAAAGAUGUUAAAAACAAGAAUCUGCAUAGUUUGGUGGACAGAUUUGAAAAAAGACAUCAGAUCAUCAAAGAAGAAACUAGGACUCGUCUUGGCGACACAACUUAUAUUGAAAGAGACCCUGUCAGUAUUUACAAGCUACACAACAAAGGGCCGAACUCACGAAGCGGGAGGCCUGGUGAUGUAGGGUUCAAAGUGUCUUACCCAUUACAUAACAGACGAAGAAUAACUCCUUCUAUGGGUUCGGUACAACGGGCACGAAACUUUGGUUCUUACGCGCAGAUAUUUAACCAGCCAUGCGCUCCACCUCAUUGGGGGCCACAAAAGGUGGACAGUGGAUUGUUUUUGCCGCCUAUGGCUCAAGGGAUUUAGGAAUUUGAAACUUUUUGCACUGACGCUAUAGGCCUAUACCGAAUAAGCGUAUUUCGUUUUAUUGCUUAUAUUAUUUGCGUUGUACAGACUUCUAUAUUGUAUUCUAACUGUGAAAAGUAUUAGGUUUUUUUAUAUUUUGACUUCUUGGCUCACGUUUACACAUUUUAAACACAACGUUUAAACUUGAAAAGCUAAAUGCUCACUGUCAACUAGACCAUAGAUAGAGAAAUUAAACAUGAUAUUUUAGGGCUUUCGUGUAUUUUUUCAUUGUCAGUUUAAUAAAAUUUCAGGAAGACUACAUAUUUAUUGUCCAAAGAGUAAACACUACCAAACAGCCGGCUGUAAGUUUUAAAUGCUCCCCGCUGUCUGGCAAUAAACGUUUACUUCACGGUC